UAUUGCCGGCGGUCGGUCACCCCGCAGGCGGUGCUUGUGUUUCCGUGUUGAGGCGCAGCAGGAUUCAGGGACAUGGCCAGGCCGGGAACCUGCCGUUACCCGUAGCGUCACCUCAGCCGCCGGCGAGAGAGAGAGAAGAUGGCGUCCAUGUUGCUGAGGAGCUGCAGCCGGCGGGUCUGCUGCCUGCCCAGGCCGCUGCGCGGGGAGCCCAAGUCGGGUAACUUGGGAGACCGUACUUGUCUCAGUUGUGUGUCUCUGAGGUUGAUAAGCCAUACGAAUGUACACUUCAAAUAUUGCACUAGUGUCCACCCUGUUUACAUUUACUCCAAGAAAGAGCAGUACAGUUGUUGGACUAAAGGACCUGAACAAAUGUACUUCAAAGUUGUGAGCUCUCCUGGCUCAUGGACUCAGCUUGCAAGUUUGGGCAUUUUGGGGCCCCAAUACCUUCCAGUACGGUGGUGGCAUUCUUCACAUCCACGUAAUGAUGACUCCAUGGUGGAAAAGUCACUGAAGUCUUUAAAGGAUAAAACCAAGAAGAUGGAAGAAGGAGGCCCUGUAUAUAGUCCAACAGUAGAGGUUGUUAAAAAAUCUCUUGGACAGAAGAUUGUGGAUGAGGUGAAGCACUAUUAUCAUGGCUUUCGAUUGUUAUGGAUUGACACAAAAAUUGCUGCAAGAAUGCUCUGGCGAAUACUUCAUGGCAACGUUUUGUCUCGCCGGGAACGGAGACAGUUCCUUCGGAUAUGUGCUGAUCUCUUUCGCCUGGUUCCUUUCCUAGUCUUCGUUGUUGUUCCGUUCAUGGAGUUUCUGCUUCCAGUAGCCCUUAAGCUGUUCCCUGGUAUGCUUCCUUCAACAUUUGAGACAAAAUCUAAGAAGGAGGAGAGAUUGAAGAAAGAAUUGAGAGUGAAACUUGAAGUGGCAAAAUUUCUUCAAGACACUAUUGAGGAGAUGGCCUUAAAAAAUAAAGCAGCCAAAGGAAAUGUUACUAAAGAUUUUUCUACCUUCUUUCAAAAGAUCCGAGAGACUGGUGAAAGACCUAGUAAUGAGGAGAUCUUACGGUUCUCUAAACUGUUUGAAGAUGAGCUUACGCUGGACAAUCUUACUAGGCCUCAGCUGGUGGCUCUCUGUAAACUGUUGGAACUUCAGUCAAUUGGGACAAAUAACUUUCUGCGCUUCCAGCUGAUCAUGAGGUUGAGGUCCAUGAAAGCAGAUGACAAACUGAUUGCAGAGGAAGGAGUUGACAGUCUGACUGUUAAAGAACUGCAGGCAGCAUGUAGAGCAAGAGGUAUGAGAGCUCUUGGCGUAACAGAAGAACGACUAAAGGAACAACUUAAACAGUGGCUAGAGCUGCACCUGGACCAACAAAUCCCCACUUCAUUGCUUAUUUUAUCCAGAGCCAUGUAUCUUCCAGAUACACUUUCACCAGCUGAUCAGCUCAAAACAACACUCCAGACACUACCAGAGAGUGUGGCCAAAGAGGCUCAAGUCAAAGCAGCAGAAGUCGAGGGCGAAAAAGUAGAUAAUAAAGCUAAGCUGGAAGCAACCCUUCAGGAAGAAGCAGCCAUUAGAAAAGAAAAUCAAGAAAAAGAGAUGGAAAGAAUGUCUGAAGCUGCUGAGAAAGCCAAAGAAAUCCUUCAGGUUGCAGCAAGGAAAGAGAUGGAGUCUGCAGUGGAUCUUGAAGCAGCUGCUGUACAUGUAAAGAAAAGCCAGAUAGCUGUGGAUACCGAACAUGAACUGGCUAGUGUGGAUUUGACACUGCAUUCAGAGACCUUGAAAGAUACAGCACCAGUGUUAGAAGGCAUUAAGGGUGAGGAAAUAACCAAGGAGGAGAUUGACAUGCUGAGUGAUGCUUGCACCAAACUGAAGGAAAAGAAGAAAUUGUUAACAAAAGAAAAGGAGGAGCUUGAGGAGCUAAAGGAUGAUGUUCAGGAAUAUAGUGAGGAUUUGCAAGAGAUAAAGGAGCUAUCUAAAACAGGACAAGAGGAUGUAGUGGAAGAGUCUAAAGCAAGCAAGCAGUUGACCAAAAGGGUGAACCGAAUGAUUGGACAAAUUGGCAAAAUUAUUAAUGAAUUAGAGACAGACCAAAAGGUGGUGGAUGGACAGUUGGACAGUGGUGCUAGUCCACCUAUUGGAUUGUGUUUCCCCUUUAGGGAGAAUCUCAUCAGUAUCAACGAGCUUAUUAGUGUGAUGAAACAAAUCCAGAAGUUUCCAGAGAACAAACUGAAUAGGAUUGCUGAGGCAUUAGAUGAAAACCAGGACGGCAAGAUUGAUAUAGAUGAUGUUGCCAAGGUGGUAGAAUUAAUUGACAAAGAAGACAUUGAUAUCUCAACAAGUCAGGUUGCUGAGAUUAUGGCACUGCUUCAAAAAGAAGAGAAACUGGAAGAAAAAGAGAAGGCGAAAGAAAAGGUUGAGAAAGAAGCUGUGGAAGUGAAGAAUUAAACUUCACAAUCUGAAGUAAAGUCCAGUUUAACCAAUACAGCUUACCUUCCUGUGUACUAAAGCCUCUGUGUGUGUGUAUAUAUAUCUAUCUCAGUUGAGCUUCUGUGAUGAUGAAAAAUGUUAGCACUUUGUCUGCUAAAUGAGUUUGCUGGUGGCAGAUCAAAGAUGUGUUUUGUGGAAUAUGGAAUCAAAUAAUUUCUAUUAUCAAGCAAGUGAUUUUUACCAUCAUUCAUGCAGAUGAAAACAAUAAGAUUCUUUAAGAACGUGUUCUUUGCUGUGGAAUCACGUAUUUGCAGUCAUCACUAUGGUGUAGAGAAUCACUAAACUUGCUAGUUUCCAAAACAUUAGUAUAAAUAGUGUAUCUAUCAUGGAAUAAUGUGUGUGAAUGUCAUUUAUUUCCUUGCAUUAUGUAAACAUCUGAUCAGCAGCCGUUAAACAAGGUCCAACAUUGUUGUUCUGCUUCCUCCUUGAGCUUUUUGCAUAGUUUCAUAUAAAUUUUUCCUUCCAUCAAAAUAUUUCAUUUUCCCUUGAUACACUACUGAAGGGGCUGUGGCAUCAAUAGUAAGUGUUUAGAUUAUUUAAUUUUUCUGAGCUUCAUAUCUGCUAAACUGUUGCUUUGCUAAUACAGAAUGUCACAUACUCUGAUCUCGUGUGUUAAAUCAACUGUUUUAUCUGUCACUUUUUUAUGAAGGGAAAAUUCAGUGGAACUGAAACCUCCAAUGAAGAAUGAUUUUUUUUUUAUGGGUGCCUUAAGCUUAUUGUGAUUGAAAAGUGGGAGUGGUUACUUCUAAGACAGUUCUCAUAAUUCCAUAUGAAUUAUUAAAGCAUUGGGGAAAUAGGAACCUUUAACAUGCUUUCAAAAUGUGUUCUGACACAUAAAUGGGAGAGUGCAUAUUUAAAUAGCUAAAGUAAUUAGAAGGGGAAAAUGUCAAUGGUGGUAUUUUUACAUAUAUUUUUAAAACUUGCAGUUAUAAAAAAAUGUUUGUUCUUAUCUUCCUGAAUCCUGUAUACAACAUAACAGGCGUUUUUACCUCUGGAUUUUUCAUCUCAGGUAUGAAAUCACUAACCAUGUGACAGUCAGAAAACAUUACGUAAAUCUGUUCAUCUCAUUGCCUUGCUUACUGCAGUGUUACCAAAUAUCUGGUAUAAACAAUGUUUUAAGUACAUGGUUUGCUUUCUGGUUAACUGGUUAUUUUAUUCAGUUUCUUCUCUAAGUAAUAAAUUAAAUAUUAGCAACUAA